ACAACUAAACGAACCGUCUGUGACGUAACGUACAAGUAGGUAGUUAUUUUUCUGUCUGACGUAGGCGAACAGCAAGAAAAUAACGCAUGGUUAGUGUAUUUGCGUCAAUAGCACAACGUGACACCAGUUGCUGCUGCCAGGACAGUGCUGAGUGCCAAAGCCCGCCUCUACAGCCUGCAGACAUUCAGACAGGGAGAAACAACCAAACCAGACUUCAGGCCUAAAAAAAACAUCCUCAGCCUGAAAUCAAGUUUCAUAGCCAGCUGGCAUCUUGCCCUUUCUCAGGCUGCUGUUCCCACAGAGUGACAGCAGCUCGCCAUCCUGUGGACAGAAAUGAACCACAACACUCCAGAGGCAGUGGGUCUUGACCCCACCGCAUUGACAGUCCAACUCUUCGAGCUAUGGAACCAGAAAGAUCUGCAGACGCUACAUUUGGCAGCCCUCCAGGGAUUUUCAAAGCUGUCUGAACCUCUGGAGGCCUUACUGACAAUCCUGGAGAGCUGUCCGGGUAAACAGAAGGGUCGGAGCCACACCCUCGGCCAUCACAUCCUCAUGGAAUUCCAGACAUGGAUAAAGGAACAUCCUCAGGUUACACUGAGUUCACUGUCAGAGCAGCAAGCAAUAACCCUCCAACGUCGGGCUCUUAGCCUACUAACAGAUACCCAGCCCGGCUUUGUAGACAGUCUCAUAAAUAUCUACCAACUCACUUCUCUGGAUCCGGCCAUCCUCAAACUGCACAUUGUGAGGUUACAGGCUCUCAACUGCUACAAAGAGGCAGUAGUGCUCAGUGUGAAGCUGAAGUUACAGAAGGAGCUAAAUAUGGAGGAGAUGUGCGUACCGCUAAUCUUGCAGGAUAAGCUGUCUUUGGCAGAGUCCUAUGUCACAGGCCACAAUCAACUGGAACGACGACUGGUCACGCUGCUAGACUCCUGGUGCCACCCCAGCUUCAGUGUGGAUGUGAUAAGCAAGCAGUUCCCUCGCCUCUCCGUUUCCAAACACUGCAUGGGCCAGAUCAAACCCAAAAUGCUGACAAAACAUGUCCUGCGACUUGUGGAGAAAUUCAACAUUGAUCAAGGACUAUGUCCCAAUGCUCUGCACAAGAGGAGACUAGACUCUUUGCGGUUUCUCAUGUACAAGAAGUUUGUGGAGAAAAGCAUGACAGAGCAGAACUGGAGUGAUCAUGUACAGUACGUGGUGGCAGAUGACGUUGAGCUGCAGAUCGAGUUGGUGGAGAUGUUGGUGAGGUACAGCGGUCUUCAGAAAGCCUCUCAAUGGUCACUGAGAUACGCCGUCCCCAGAAAUCGCCUUCCCAUAGGGGUAUGGGACACACAGCAGAGUCUACCGCCUCAUCUACAACAAGUACACCUGAGUGAUUCAGCGCAAACCGAGGAGUGGACGCCGUCUGAGUCUCACCGUCACAAGUUCUACCAGGUGCCAAUCACCAAAGACAAGGUUCACUUUGUGGACACGCCGGAAGCUCUUCAGAGAUGUCGAAAUAUUGUGCUCAAGGACGGUGGCGUAGUGGGAGUUGACAUGGAGUGGCAGCCUACGUUUGGCUGUAUCUCAACUCAGAGAGUUGCUCUGAUACAGCUUGCAGUUUUUGACCAGGUUUUCUUGUUAGACCUCUGUGCAAACGGAUUGUGUCAACACCCAGACACUAUUAGCUUCAUCAGGAGCUUUUUCUCUACACGAAACAUCAUUAAACUGGGUUAUGGUAUGGCCGGAGAUCUCAAGUGUCUCUUGGCCACCUGGCACCAAUUUUUAGAGGAGCCACUGAAGAUGGAGGGGGUGCUUGAUCUUCUUAGUAUACACCAAAAGAUCCAGCGUGGUAAGGUCAAAAGGACUCAAAAUGGCCCUAAGGAGGUGCUGGUCGGAGAGGGCUCUGCAGAGAAAGGCCUCAGUCUGCUGGUACAACAGGUCCUGGGAAGGCCCCUGGACAAGACAGAGCAGAUGUCCAACUGGGAGAAGCGGCCGCUACGCAUCAGCCAAAUUAGAUAUGCAGUGGCAGAUGCCUACUGUUUGCUGGAUGUUUACUCUGUCCUUUCCAGCAACCCGGCAUGGUUUGGGCUGCCAGCGGACCUGCGCAGCAUCUCUUCAAGCCAAUCAGAGAAGGGCAGAGAGAAGAAGCAGAAGGAUAAACGGGCAAUGCAAAUGAAACAGGCCCAUGGCAAAGAGGAAUGUCAGGGGGCUCAAAGGCUCAGUCCCCCUCACUCUGACACAGAGAAAGGCCUCCUGUGUGGCAAGAAGCCCUCAGAGGACUCCCCCGCUCUGCCCCCCCAGCAGUUGCGGGUGGUGUGUGACAACAUGCUACAAGGGCUCGGGAGGUACCUGCGCUGUUUAGGAGUUGAUGUGGUCAUGUUGGAGAACACCGAUGAUCACAGAAAAGCGGCAAAGUUAGCACAAGCCGAAGGUCGAGUCAUACUCACAUGUGGACAACCAUACCAAAGCUUGCGGUCCCAGGUGGGUGAGGGUCGCUGUCUGUCCCUAGACUGUUCAGAAAAGGCCAGAGACCAGGCCGUUCGAGUCCUCAAACACUUCAAUGUCCAGCCCACUCCCAGCGAUAUAUUCAGCCGCUGCCAGGCGUGUAACAGUGAUCAGUAUGUGGCGGUGCCCAGAGAGGACAUGGUCAGGAUGCUUAAACAGAAAGGAUUUCUGCAGGACCAGGAUACCGACCACACACAACAGAAAUCCCAUCAACAGGAAGAGCAGAAGCUUGACGACAUCCUGACCCCCGCUGAGACCUCUGAACUCCCCAGGUAUGCCCUUCAGUGUCGCUGGGCCUCCCUCUCAGAGCUGGACCCCGACACCCUGACCUUUCCCGGGGGGGCGGCCAUACAGCUUCACAACGUGCCCCCCGCCCUCCUGUCGAGGAUACCGCUCUUCUAUGUCUGCACCAGAUGUGGCAAGGUGUUCUGGGAAGGCUCCCACUUCGGCCGUGUCCUCACCAUGUUUCAGGAAGUCUUGCACCUAACAGACGAGGACUCCGAACCAGCCGCGGCGCCCGUUUCAGCGGCACAACAGAACUGACUGAUGUCGAGCUACUGCAGUUAAACUGACCCUCAAAAAAAAAACAUGGAUAUAUUUUACACAUUGAGCCAGCUGUCAUGAAAUCCAUUUAAAUUGUCUGUUACAGAACACACACUUACAUUUUGCCUAAUUCUAAAUCAGCGUGAUAAAAUACAGACUGUGGAUUCAGGCUGGCAUUACAAUUUCAAGAAGUUUCAACUUCAAAUUUGUUUUGCAUGAAAUAAUACAUAAUUCGGGUAAAAAUUUUAUUAUUUGACAGCCAUACUAAAAAACAAAGAUUUGGUGACAAAGCUUUAUUUUCUCAUCUUUUGUCAUCCAAAAGCUCUUUUCAGGUGCAUACAUUUUCAACGGUUUUAAACUUUUUGUGUGUGUUAAACACAUUUUAAUUUUCAGUGAACCAAAGGCAGGUCAUGCUGUGAUCGCGUUUUGACAUUUUUGUUGUUGACUGUAUUCACUGUUAUACUGUGGCAUUUUUUAUUGGUGAUUGUAAUGACGUCAUUUGAAUUGCAAUAACUUUAUCAAGAGCUCAAGAGCACCUUGACUCAACAGGGAAUCAUAUAAUCAAAUUAUAACGCACAGUAAGUAAGUUUAUGCAUCAGUGUUUCAGGUUUGUUCCAUUUAACUCUUUCAGGGGUCAAAUUCAGUAAGUUUUCUGUAAACUUUUUUUUUUUUAUUGCCUUGCUUUAAAUGUAAAUUUAAGUCACAACAGGACGCACUUUCUCUGCGUUUUUAGCAGUCUGUGGUACUGUAUAUUUUCAUUCUCUGUGAAUACAUUUGUAUAAUGUUUAGUCACAUGAUUUAGCUGGAAACUAAAUAUGUUAAUACAUUUUUUUUUUCAUUUAGUAAUCUGUGGAAAGUUGUUAUUGUAUUCUGUCAGUUAUUUCUACUUUUUGAUGUGUUUUCAGAAAUGAAAAAAACAGAUGGUGUAGCAGCAAGAGGGGGCAGAUUGAUGAGAUCAUCUAAGCUUCACUGAUGUCUGUCAGGUGUAACACUAACAGCGUGGGGGGGGGGGGGGUUUCCUGCCCUGAGGCUUGAGAGCAGACGGGUCACAGAGUAACCCAACACAUACUGCCUGAAUCCCUUCAUAUUUUCUCAUACCGUCCUUUCCAACCUCCUCUCCUCUGUUCACAAAUCCCACUUUGGCUUUAUGUGUUUUCAGAACACAGGAUUGCCCAAAAAGGUUUUAAAAGAUCUACUGUGGAAAAUUCUGUAAUUAAACAAGAUUUCCUUGUGUU